AUUACUCUAACUUCUUUUUUCUUUUCCAUGGAAAGAGGAAAGAGGGAAAAGCUUUUCAAGCUAGCUACUCUUGCAUCAACUCUAUAUGGUUGAAGUUUAGUUUAAAUUUAGCAUUUUCUUGUUUAUUACAAAAUGUUUUUGUUCUCUUUUCUUUUCUUGUUCUUUAUUGGAAUAUUUGCCAUUACUUUGGCAAAGUAAUGCUCCUAUAUUCCUAUCUUAUGUCAUUCAGGAGUUCCCCAUGUUUGAACAUCUAAGGGUAAUGGUUUUUGAUGAAAUGAUAUAUCUGAUACAUGUAAAAGAAAUGGCUGAGCAUGUGAGGUCAAGUUUGGAUUCAGAAAUAGAGCUUCUAUUUGUAGAUCUAGAACAGGAUCCUUCAAAGGUUUCAUUUUUGCCUCAUGCUUUUAUUGUGCAAAUUUUCUUUUCCACUCUAGAUGUGACACUUUGUCUUAUUUGAGUGAGAAACUUCUCUUUUUGUUCAAGAUGACAACAAACGAAGACAAAAGCUCACUAGGAAUGCAAUUUAUGUCAAUUAAGAAGUUCUUUUCUCUAUAUAUAUAUAUUUUGCCUCUUGAUGAAAUGAACAAUGAUCCCCUUGCCACAUGACAGGAUAGAUCACAUGGCUAAUGCCAAUUCCUCUAGCGAGCCUACCUCUUCUCAAUCCUCUCAAGUUGUUGAUCUCAGUGGCUGCAUCCCUGGUACUCAGGUCAAUGUGCCAACUUUAAAUGUGCAACUCGUUGACCUCAUUUUUCUUUUCACACUGCCAUUCAUGCCUUCUUCAACAUCAUGAAUCUUGUUAGUUUCUAGUACUUCAAGUUGGGUGUAAAAUAUGUGUGUCAAGUUUUGAUGUUGACUGCACAUGUCAAAUUGCAUUUUGGAGUUGGCUACGUUUUGAUGCUUGACUCAUUUGUGAAAUGAAAUUGAUGGCAGAAU